AUGAAACGAAUGGUGGAGAAGGCUGGGCUUAACCCAAAUAAACAGAACAAAGUGAGCCAUGACCUGACCAGCCUGAAGUUCACAUCAACCCAAGACAUCCUAGUCAAGUCUCCAUCUGACACUAAAAGCUGCUGGCUGAAGAACGUUCUCCUCCAGUCUGGGGACAGGCUGUUACUGAGUGACAGUUCAAAUGGAACAUUGAAACUUGUAGACCUCAAGACUAGCAGUCUAAUGACCGAGGUCAUUUUACCAGGCACGCCAUGGGGCAUGUGUCAAAUCCCAGGGGACAUGGUGGCUGUUAGUGUUACUCAUAGUAUUCAGCUCUUGGAGACACGGAGGAAACUCUUCCGGGGGAAGAACAUCAAGGUGGAUGAUGAUUGUUGUGAUGUUGGUUACCAUAACGGUAGCUUAAUUAUUUCAUUUCAAAGCGGGAAGCUUCAGAAGAUGGAUAUGAAAGGGAAAGUAUUGACGAAAAUGUCAAAUAUGUCGUUGAAAACUCCUUGGUACUUCGAAGUGGUCGGUGACGAUCAGACAGCAGCCAUAUAUGUGUCCAACUUUGUGAAGUUUGAAAUCACUAAGCUAGACAUGAACUUGAACAUUCUCGAAACAUUCAAGCACUCCGCACUACGUAUACCAACAGCUAUCACUGCAGUGGGAAACCAGCUGAUCAUUUGUGGUUUGACUAGUGACAAUAUAAUGUGCCUGGACCUGCCCAGUGGCAAGAUGACCCAGCUACUGGGGAAGGAGGAAGGGAUAGCGGCGCCACACUGUGUCUGCUACAGUCAGCAGCAGAACAAGAUGUAUGUUGCCCUCUGGACAAGUGGGGAUGCCAACAAUUAUGUUAAGGUGUAUGAUACAACACCAAAAUUGGCGUAG